AGCCUUAUCUAAACCUCACAGUCUACAUGCUUCAGUAAGGGGGAAGAAAACAGCUCAGUGCUCCUUGUACAGAGCUGGGAACAUGUCUCACCAACUUCUCUCCCGGGCUCUGGUCUCAAUCAACUGGUUAUCUGGAGCCCUGAAAACUCCAGGUCCUGCUCUGCGUGUACUGGAUGCCUCAUUCUACUACCCAGCAAUAAGAGAUGGACGAAAGGAGUAUGAAGAAAAGCACAUACCAGGUGCAUUAUACUUUGACAUAGACGAAUGUAAGGACCUGUCGUCUCCAUAUGAAGUUAUGCUGCCCAGCGAGCCCAACUUUGCCAAAUAUGUGGGCAACCUUGGUAUAAACAAUGAGAGUCAUGUUGUGGUGUACGAUGCUGAUCAAGUGGGUAUUUACUAUGCCGCGAGGGUCUGGUGGAUGUUCAGGGUGUUCGGGCACAAAAAGGUGUCCGUGCUGGAUGGAGGCUUCAGGAACUGGGAGAAGCAGGGGCUACCAGUCACAUGUGAGGUGGCGAAGCCACAACCAGAGACUUACCAAGCUGUGCUGAAUCCUUCUAUGGUGAAGAAAUUUGAAGAUAUAGAGAAAAGCUUGAGAACUAAAGAUUUCCAGCUGGUGGAUUCGCGCCCUGAGGGACGGUUCAAGGGAACAGAUCCAGAACCUGGUGGAGUGAUUACCCCUGGUCAUAUCCCUGGCUCCUUAAGCCUUCCGUUCACCAGUUUUCUCACAAGUGAAGGUUUUGAGAAGUCCCCUGAUGAAAUCCGGAAUCUAUUUCAGGAGAAAGGCAUUGAUCUGUCGAAGCCCCUGACUGUUACUUGUCGGCGUGGUGUUACUGCCUGUCAGCUGGCCUUAGCUUCCUACAUCUUAGGCAAGGAAGAUACCGCCAUCUACGAUGGAUCGUGGUUUGAAUGGUUCCAUCGAGCCAAACCAGAAAAUAAAAUCACUUUUUAGUAAGAGUUAGAAAUGUUGAAAGAUGGUGUCUACAUUCUCCUGUCACUGGGAACGUAUAAGUAUCAGAGGUGUAGUACGCAAACUUACAAUAAUACCUCGACCCAGUAACUGGAGUACAAGGAGAAUUUGUUGAGGCAAGUAAAGCCACACAUUUUAAUACCAAAUUAGUUAUAUUUUUUAUCUUGACCUGGGAUAUUGUUAAACAAGAUUCAAAUGUUUUAUUAUAUAGUUCUAUAUUAGCAUUGAUUUGAUAAUAAAUACAUUAUUUUAGAUUUAAGAAUAA